CAGCUUUUCUAACAAACAGAGCACAUAUGUGUAUACAUACAUAUGUAGUAAUUUAGUGAUUUAUCCUAAUACAGCAGAGCGGAGCAGUCAAUAAUAGUGUACUUUUGUUUGUAAAGUAUAAUUUUUAAACGUCCCCGUUGACGUAUGUGCGUUUCUUUACAAAAUAAACUUCCUCCAAGUGCAAAAGUAGACAACAAAAGUGAAGCGAAAAACGGGUGUUGUCUCUCAAUAUACAAGUGUCAAAUAGUGAACUAAUAGUCAGUAGUUAUUUUUAUCACAAAUAAAAUGGCGGAAGGAAACAUUGCUCCUGCUACAUGUUCCGAGGGCGGUGCUCCUCUUAGCGCCCCACACUCCAACGCUGAAGUAAUAAGGGGGCAAAUUUUUGAGGUGGGACCCAGAUAUAGUAAACUUACAUACAUUGGCGAAGGAGCUUAUGGCAUGGUUGUAUCUGCUGAUGAUACGAUGACAAACCAAAGAGUUGCAAUCAAAAAAAUUUCUCCGUUUGAACACCAGACAUAUUGCCAACGUACGCUGAGAGAGAUAACCAUUUUAACUCGGUUUAAACAUGAAAAUAUAAUUGAUAUACGCGACAUCUUAAGAGUAGAUAGCAUAGAGCAGAUGAGGGAUGUGUACAUUGUACAAUGCUUAAUGGAGACUGAUCUAUAUAAACUACUCAAAACGCAGAGGUUAAGCAAUGACCACAUAUGCUACUUCUUGUAUCAGAUACUACGAGGAUUAAAGUAUAUACACUCAGCAAAUGUUUUACACCGCGACUUGAAACCAAGUAACUUAUUAUUAAAUAAGACGUGUGAUUUAAAGAUUUGUGAUUUUGGAUUGGCCCGGAUUGCCGAUCCUGAACACGACCAUACUGGUUUUCUAACCGAAUAUGUAGCUACCAGGUGGUAUCGUGCUCCGGAAAUUAUGCUAAACUCAAAGGGAUAUACCAAAUCAAUUGAUAUCUGGUCCGUUGGUUGCAUUUUAGCUGAAAUGUUAAGCAACAGACCUAUAUUUCCGGGAAAACACUACUUGGACCAACUUAACCACAUCCUUGGAGUCUUAGGAUCGCCAUCACAGGAAGAUUUGGAGUGUAUAAUAAAUGAAAAAGCACGUAAUUAUUUGGAGUCUUUGCCCUUUAAACCUAAUGUACCUUGGGCAAGACUUUUUCCAAACGCAGAUCCUUUGGCUUUAGAUUUACUUGGAAAAAUGCUUACAUUCAACCCGCAUAAACGAAUUCCAGUUGAAGACGCCCUAGCACACCCUUAUUUAGAGCAGUAUUAUGACCCUGGUGAUGAGCCUGUAGCGGAAGUGCCAUUCCGAAUCAACAUGGAAAAUGAUGAUAUAUCUCGGGAUGCCUUGAAGCAAUUAAUUUUUGAAGAAACAAUGAAGUUUACGGAACGGCUACCUGAACAGGCGCUUUAAAAAAAAUAUAUAUAUAAAUAAAUUCAAUAAAAUAUUAAAAUUCA